AUGGACAGCAAGUGGGCGACCACAGAACUGGCCUGGACCACAUUUCCAGAGAGUGGAGUGAGUGUGUGUUGUGUUGUUCCACAGCAUAUGUUCCAUUUGCUACUUAAUAGAGCUCCCCUUGACUUAAACGACACACCUCCCACUGUUUUAUACCUCGCUUUGUGAAGUUUCUUCUAUUUUCUUUAUUGCUAAAGACAAAUGAGAAACAUACACCUUUAAGUUUGACAUUUAAGCAAAGUUUCUCUUAACUGAGUAUCCCCAAACCUCCAUAAUAGUCCAAAACACAAAUCUCCCAAAAAGCCCCAAAACAUACACUACCGUUCAAAAGUUUGGGGUCACAUAGACAUUUUUUGUCCAUUAAAAUAACAUCAAAUUGAUCAGAAAUACAGUGUAGACAUUGUUAAUGUUGUAAAUGGCUAUUGUAGCUGGAAACGGCUGUUUUUUUUAUGGAUCUCGUACAACGCUGUGUACUACUCCCUUCACAGAACAGCGCAAACUGGCUCUAACCAGAAUAGAAAGAGGAGUGGGAGCCAUAUCUCAGACAAUAAAAAAGAAAAUAUAUAAUAAUAAUAAUAAUAAUAAUAUGCCAUUUAGCAGACGCUUUUAUCCAAAGCGACUUACAGUCAUGCGUGCAUACAUUUUUUUUUGUGCAUGGGUGGUUCCGGGGAUUGAACCCACUACCUUGGCGUUACAAGCGCCGUGCUCUACCAGCUGAGCUACAGAGGACCACAUAUUAAGAUGGGCAGUCUGAGAUAUGGCUUUUUCUUUGCAACUCUGCCUAGAAGGUCAGCAUCCCGGAGUCGCCUCUUCACUGUUGAUGUUGAGACUGGUGUUUUGUGGGUACUAUUUAAUGAAGCUGCCAGUCGAGGACCUGUGCAGCGCCUGUUUCUCAAACUAGACACUUUAAUGUAUUUGUCCUCUUGCUCAGUUGUGCACCGGGGCCUCCCACUCCUCUUUCUAUUUUGGUUAGAUCCAGUUUGCGCUGUUCUGUGAAGGGAGUAGUACACAGCGUUGUACAAGAUCUUCAGUUUCUUGGCAAUUUCUCGCAUGGAAUAGCCUUCAUUUCUCAGAACAAGAAUAGACUGACGAGUUUCAGAAAAAAGUUAUUUGUUUCUGGCCAUUUUGAGCCUGUAAUCGAACCCACAAUUGCUGAUGCUACAGAUACUCAACUAGUCUCAAGAAGGCCAGUUUUAUUGCUUCUUUAAUCAGCACAACAGUUUUCAGCUGUGCUAACAUAAUUGUAAAAGGGUUUUCUAAUGAUCAAUUAGCCUUUUAAAAUUAUAAACUUGGAUUAGUAAACACAACGUGCCAUUGGAACACAGGACUGAUGGUUGCUGAUAAUGGGCCUCUGUACGCCUACGUAGAUAUUCCAUAAAAAUCAGACGUUUCCAGCUACAAUGGCCAUUUACAACAUUAACAAUGUCUACACUGUAUUUCUGAUCAAUUUGAUGUUUUUUAAUGGACAAAAAAAUUGCUUUUCUUUCGAAAACAAGGACAUUUCUAAGUGACCCCUAACAUUUGAACGGUAGUGUACAUCUCCAAAAUAGUCAAAAAAUACUCAACUCUGCCGCAUACUCAUAUUGGGUACACAGACCCAAAACGGCAACAAACACGGCUGCAAGAAACACUAGCUGAAGAAUUCGGAAAUAUGUCUCUUAAAGUGGAAGAAGCCAAUAGGCAAAUUACAGCUGGGAAUACAUGUUUCAGCUGAUCAUAUCCCCCAUAGGAAUAGUGAGAAAGUAAAACAACAUAAAUUUGACCCCCAGGCUAACAGCUUGACAGACCUUCCCAACUCCCGGGCAGUGUAAUUUGUCUUUGGGACGUGAGCGCAAUGUCAGUCAAUGAAAACGAUGGGUUACCAUGGCAACACUCUUCGGCAGUCCAGCCUUUUCAAGCCUUUCUGCAGCCUCACACCGAAUGUCUUUGCAUCCCAAGAAAGUCAUAUGUCAUUAGGGCAAGGCGUCCCUCUCAAAAUGUGUGACAAGCCCAUACGUUCUGUCCGGGUGCAAUUAUCAUAUUUGUGAGGUAUUGCAGCAAUAUGUUGCACUUGAUUUAUGGUGUAGGAUGUUGACUCCUGGACUCAUCUUUUUGGAAUAAAUUGCAUGUGUGCGUGCUCUGCCAUAUUGAAUUAUGCAUUUUGUUCCUCUUGUUGAGUUGAUCAGUGUUUGGAGCCCUCAUUAAGAAUGGAAAUUAAUUAUUCAGGUUGAGUUGUUAGAAUCAAAAGAUUCACUUCUUGGAAAAUAUGAUUUAUUCCUUAGGCAAAAAUAUGUUAAUAACCCAGUUAAUAAUGGAUCAUGGUUAAUCAUGGAUUUAAUCCUGUAAUAAAUAGCUCUUUGAAUAUUUCCUAAAGGUAGUCAUGCCUAUAUUGUAAUAAUGUAGAAUAUACAGUGGGGAAAAAAAGUAUUUAGUCAGCCACCAAUUGUGCAAGUUCUCCCACUUAAAAAGAUGAGAGAGGCCUGUAAUUUUCAUCAUAGGUACACGUCAACUAUGACAGACAAAUUGAGAAAAGAAAAUCCAGAAAAUCACAUUGUAGGAUUUUUUAUGAAUUUAUUUGCAAAUUAUGGUGGAAAAUAAGUAUUUGGUCACCUACAAACAAGCAAGAUUUCUGGCUCUCACAGACCUGUAAUUUCUUCUUUAAGAGGCUCCUCUGUCCUCCACUCGUUACCUGUAUUAAUGGCACCUGUUUGAACUUGUUAUCAGUAUAAAAGACACCUGUCCACAACCUCAAACAGUCACACUCCAAACUCCACUAUGGCCAAGACCAAAGAGCUGUCAAAGGACACCAGAAACAAAAUUGUAGACCUGCACCAGGCUGGGAAGACUGAAUCUGCAAUAGGUAAGCAGCUUGGUUUGAAGAAAUCAACUGUGGGAGCAAUUAUUAGGAAAUGGAAGACAUACAAGACCACUGAUAAUCUCCCUCGAUCUGGGGCUCCACGCAAGAUCUCACCCCGUGGGGUCAAAAUGAUCACAAGAACGGUGAGCAAAAAUCCCAGAACCACACGGGGGGACCUAGUGAAUGAACGGCAGAGAGCUGGGACCAAAGUAACAAAGCCUACCAUCAGUAACACACUACGCCGCCAGGGACUCAAAUCCUGCAGUGCUAGACGUGUCCCCCUGCUUAAGCCAGUACAUGUCCAGGCCCGUCUGAAGUUUGCUAGAGUGCAUCCAGAAGAGGAUUGGGAGAAUGUCAUAUGGUCAGAUGAAACCAAAAUAUAACUUUUUGGUAAAAACUCAACUCGUCGUGUUUGGAGGACAAAGAAUGCUGAGUUGCAUCCAAAGAACACCAUACCUACUGUGAAGCAUGGGAGUGAAAACAUCAUACUUUGGGGCUGUUUUUCUGCAAAGGGACCAGGACGACUGAUCCGUGUAAAGGAAAGAAUGAAUGGGGCCAUGUAUCGUGAGAUUUUGAGUGAAAACCUCCUUCCAUCAGCAAGGGCAUUGAAGAUGAAACGUGGCUGGGUCUUUCAGCAUGACAAUGAUCCCAAACACACCGCCCGGGCAAUGAAGGAGUGGCUUCGUAAGAAGCAUUUCAAGGUCCUGGAGUCUCCAGAUCUCAACCCCAUAGAAAAUCUUUGGAGGGAGUUGAAAGUCUGUGUUGCCCAGCGACAGCCCCAAAACAUCACUGCUCUAGAGGAGAUCUGCAUGGAGGAAUGGGCCAAAAUACCAGCAACGGUGUGUGAAAACCUUGUGAAAACUUACAGAAAACAUUUGGUGUAGAAUAUCUGUGAUAUGAACUGGUGUAAAUGGUUUAUUUGCUGACUGUAGAGAACCAUAUCAUCGUUAGACCGUUGUUGAAGCUAAGUGCUGUGAAAUGAUUCAUUCACUGCUCAACUCAAUGAGGUAUACUGACCAGUUUUCAUUGCAUGCAAAAAUACUCCUUGCGGCUUGAAGAGUAGGCUUGGAAAUAUUCCACUUGAAAUAUACCACUUGAAUCUUAAAGUACCGUAAACUUCAAUUAAACGCUAAGUCUCAAAUAGCCGCCUGUCUCUUUUAAUAGCCGAACAACGGCACACAUUUCAGCAAAUAAACGGCUGUUUGAAUUACCAUGAAUUGUUUAUGAGGUUUAAUGUUUGAUUUGUUACAUUAAAUAAUUCAGUAACGAUUCAGUAUGGCAAUCAUCAGUUUUUAUCGGCAGAAAGAAACUGCUAGCCGUUGGUUGCUAACAGCUGAGAACUGCUAGCUAACUGGCAAGCACAAAAACAGUCAACAACUUCGGGGAGUACACCCCGUUCAGAAAUCGUAUGAUCGCCCUCUAGUGGCAUAAGUAAGAACUGACGUAAAUGCAUAGUCAAAGACGAGAACAAUUAUUCUGUGAAGGAAAAACAUUUUGUGGGUUGAAAUAGAGGCAUACUAAGACAAAAUAAAUGUGACACAGUGUUUAAAUGAUAACACAUUAGUGAAGGAAAUGAAGAAAUUGAUUAAAAUGCUGGAAGUGAAUGCUAGAAUUAAAUAAUUAACUAUUCAAAUUAGCAAAAGCUGUGUGCAUUAAGGAAAUAGACGCUUGGCUCAAAUAGAAGCCUGUCUCUAAUAAGCGCCUGUUGUGUUCAGUGAUUUAAGCAAAUAAACGUCCAGGCUAUUAAUUGAGGUUUUACAGUAUACACCAUAACACCUCCGUGAUGCAACCAGCAAGAUGACAUUGCAUUUGAAUUGUCACUUUAAUAAAUAAUGCACUGUUUGCAUUAUACACGAUUUGAGAUCAGAUAUGGCAGAACUCAUUAAAAAUAGGCCCCAUAAUCUCUUUCAAAUAUCAGCACUUACUAAAUUACUGUUGCAUUUGGAGAACCAACAUUUCCUAGGAAUGACAUUCUGAUUGCUACCUUUUCUGUUGCAAUGAUAAUAUGAUUAUAUGAAGACCUAGGUUCAAAUAGUAUUUGUUUUCUUUCAAAGACGUUGCGUGUUAGAUAGAGCCUGCCUGGAGUGCCAGAUGGGUGGGGUUUGCACUAUUGCAUGGGUUCCAUUGCCCCAAGCAAGCUCAACCAAGCGCAGCUAAACUAUUUGAAAUAAAAUAAAUACUAUUUGAACCCAGGUCUGAUGAUAUCUACAGUUCUCUUCACUAGUAACAUUGUUUGUCUGUUUUCCUGCAGUGGGAGGAGGUGAGUGGCUACGACGACUCCAUGAGUCCCAUCAGGACGUACCAGGUGUGCAAUGUGCGUGAGCCCAACCAGAACAACUGGCUGAGGACGGACUUCAUCCCCCGUAAGGGCGUGCUGCGCGUCUACGUGGAACUCAAGUUCUCCGUCCGUGACUGUGCCAGUAUUCCCAACAUCCCCGGCUCCUGCAAGGAGACCUUUAACCUCUUCUACUACGAGUCCGAUGGCGAUACCGCUACGGAAAGUAGUCCCUUGUGGAGGGAGAACCCUUAUGUCAAAGUUGACACUAUCGCCCCUGACGAGAGUUUUUCUUUGCUCGAGGCAGGCAGGAUCAACACCAAAGUGCGAAGCUUCAGCCCUAGUUCCAGGGCCGGCUUCUACCUAGCCUUCCAGGACCUGGGGGCUUGUAUGUCGUUGAUAUCCGUGCGGGUUUUCUUCAAGAAGUGCUCGACGACCAUCGCAAACUUCGCCGUCUUCCCCGAGACGGCCACAGGGGCCGAGGCCACCUCCUUGGUCAUUGCCCCAGGGGCGUGCGUGUCUAACGCGCAGGAGUUGUCCGUCCCUCUUAAGCUGUACUGCAACGGGGACGGGGAGUGGAUGGUUCCCGUGGGGUCUUGUACCUGCAUGCCGGGGUUCGAGCCGGCCAUGGCCGACACACAGUGCCAGGGUGAGUUUAUAGUCGCAUGUUUUGACUUUUAACCAAAGCCUGUUUAUAAUGCUUAACUAAAGCCUGUUUAUAAUGCUUAACUGAAGCCUGGUUUAUAAUGCUUAACUGAAGCCUGUUUAUAAUGCUUAACUAAAGCCUGUUUAUAAUGCUUAACUAAAGCCUGUUUAUAAUGCUUAACUAAAGCCUGUUUAUAAUGCUUAACUAAAGCCUGUUUAUAAUGCUUAACUGAAGCCUGUUUAUAAUGCUUAACUAAAGCCUGUUUAUAAUGCUUAACUGAAGCCUGGUUUAUAAUGCUUAACUGAAGCCUGUUUAUAAUGCUUAACUAAAGCCUGUUUAUAAUGCUUAACUAAAGCCUGUUUAUAAUGCUUAACUAAAGCCUGUUUAUAAUGCUUAACUAAAGCCUGUUUAUAAUGCUUAACUGAAGCCUGUUUAUAAUGCUUAACUAAAGCCUGUUUAUAAUGCUUAACUAAAGCCUGGUUUAUAAUGCUUAACUAAAGCCUGUUUAUAAUGCUUAACUAAAGCCUGUUUAUAAUGCUUAACUAAAGCCUGUUUAUAAUGCUUAACUGAAGCCUGUUUUUAAUGCUUAACUAAAGCCUGGUUUAUAAUGCUUAACUGAAGCCUGUUUUUAAUGCUUAACUAAAGCCUGGUUUAUAAUGCUUAACUAAAGCCUUGUUUAUAAUGCUUAACUAAAGCCUGGUUCAUAAUGCUUAACUAAAGCCUGGUUUAUAAUGCUUAACUAAAGCCUGGUUUAUAAUGCUUAACUAAAGCCUGGUUUAUAAUGCUUAACUAAAGCCUGUUUAUAAUGCUUAACUAAAGCCUGUUUAUAAUGCUUCACUAAAGCCUGGUUAUAAUGCUUAACUAAAGCCUGGUUAUAAUGCUUAACUAAAGCCUGUUUAUAAUGCUUAACUAAAGCCUGUUUAUAAUGCUUAACUAAAGCCUGUUUAUAAUGCUUAACUAAAGCCUGUUUAUAUGCUCAAUGCAAGUCACACAGUCUACUCCACCCUCUGUAUGUAUUGUGUGGCGCAUGAAUGAAGGGUGAAGGAGGGUGGAGAGUUUGCAUUAAUGAGCUGUUGUAGAGAGCAGCAGCAUACAAAUAUUGAGAGAGGGGGGAAUCGGAUGGAGAGGGAGAAUGUGAUAGUGAAAGGGAUAAAGAUAGUUGGAGAGAGAGAGCGAGAGAGAGAGAGGGAGAUUGUGAGAGAGAAUAUUGUGUGAGGGAGAGACAAAGAGAUUGUAAAGGAAAAAGAGAUUGUGAGGGGGAGAGAGAGAUAUUGUGAGAGGGGGAAGGAGAGAUAAAGCGAGAGACAGACAUAGGGAGAGAGAGAAGGAUAAUGAGAUAGAGCCGUGAAUUGCCCAAUGCCCAAGCCAAAAUGAGGAGCGGUCAGAGAAAGAAAGAGAAACUUCCUCGUCUCUUUCUUCACCUGGGCGUGAGAAAUGGCGAAGAACGGUGAAUAACACGCGCCAGAGAGCUCAUUUAUGGCCAUUUGGCGGCUCAAGGUUAAAAGCCUGUUGUCGACGCCUGAUAAAAGGCUUUCCAGAGGCUUCAGGCGUGGCAGAGGCUGGCGGUGGCGAGGAGGAGGAAGUGUAAUUUCCUCUAUGGUCUCCCCACCGUUAGUUAAUCUACAGGCGGUUGCACUCAUUAACACCGCUCAGACCACCGUGAGCCAACACUGCAUCGCUCACUAUUAACACAGAGACGUUACCUCAGUCUAGAGAUAGAGUGGGAGAAAGGUGGAAGGAAGAGAGGGUGGGUGGGGGGGGGGGGGGUGAGAGUUGUAGAGAGGGAGGGAAGGAGAGAGAGAAAGAGGGAUAAAGAUAGAGGGGGGGAAGGUGGGGAGAGAAAGAGAGGGUGGGGACAGAGAGAGUGGGGUGGAUAGAGAGAGAGGGUGGGGGGAGAGGGAGAGGCCAGUGAGGGCCACAGAACCUUCCGGUAUCAGAGAGGGAAAGACAAAUGGGCAUGCCCUCCAAGGUUAAUGGAUUAAAGCGGAGGAUUCAGGUGACUGUCCUCGAGAAACAAACAAACAAAAGAAAACAAUGGUACAGUGUAUAAUAAGACAAACAGAAAUCAGAUGAUUGUUUCAAGAGUGUAUCUGGGCCUGAGGUCUUAGUUGAGUUACGAGAGCCAAAAAACAAUUUUCAUGUUAUCUUAACUCUAUCUUAAAGCUAUUUAUUGCAUGUUUUUUGAGCUAGAAUGCGGACCAUUAAAGUUCACUAAUUUCACUCAAAGCGGCAUUCCGGAGAAUUAGGACUUAGCUUAAGUUCAAACUGGAAAACCACUUUGCCCAACUAGUUAAUCACACCCUCUCGCCAGCAAGGUUUUUAUGAGCCCUAAUGCUGAUAAGACAGAUGUUAGCCAGAGCCACGGUUUUACACCACACUUAAAGAAUGUGAGAAAGGUAAAAGGAAUGUCUAGUUUCUAAGUGGUAUUUACAACCUCUUAGUGUAAAUCUCCUUAACCCUACUUUUAGUACAAAUCUUAACCCCAUUUCAUGUUGAGACCUUUGUUGGUUUAUCUGGUUUAUCUUGACACUUUUCUCAAUGAAGUUGGAGAUUGAAUUGAUAGAGGUUAGGCCCCCAAAAAGAGAAGGGCUACCCAAAAUGGUGCCAGUCUAAAACUAAAAUAGUAUCUCUAUAGUUGCAAUUGAUUGAUGAUCAACAUGCUUUGUAGGCGUCCGGACCCACCUUUUGAAUUAAGUGUCGAAGCAGUGAGUUCUUCUAAGCCACAAAUGGACACUGAGUGAUGGAUUCAGAUGUAUGCUUACUUUCAAUAGUAUCCUCCAUCCUUGUUAGCCAGACCGGAGCAAUCUACUGUAAUCCGUCCAUCUUCAUCUUUCGCGCUCAAUAUACCUGUCAUCCAUAGUCCUCUCUGGGAUAGAUUGAAAUCCCUCAUAUGUUAUGAUGGAAAUGAGAGGGUAUGAAGGAUUUGCAGAGACUAGCUAGAAGUACCCCUUAUAAAGACUUCCUCACAUAUUUCAACCACCACACGGACUGAGAUAGUCUAGUGUGACGGUAUGGUAUGAAGGUAUUCAGGGGGGAUGUGACAAAUGAGAAGAAAAAAAAUCGUUAUGUUUAAACAGCCUAUUUCUUUAUUGGUUUUCCAUUAAAACAAUAAGAAAUGUUAAUAAAUUCCAUGUGAAUUCAAAAUGCAGAAUAUGGUCUUAUUGCUAUUGCAUAUGACCGCAACGGUUUGGGUCUCACGGUGCGUCCAUUUCAGAUGGUUAAGCAUUGCACCUGUACUACCAUUACUGUAUCUCAAUUCCACCUUGCAAAUGUUGCAUUUUACCACCUUCUCAUUUAACUUCUCAAAGUAUUGCCAUAUAGGACUUCGCUGCUGUCGCUUAUCUUUCUCUGCCAUUUUUCCAACUGUUAACAGCAAUGAUGUAGUGGUGGAGAGUCGACUCCAAAAGAAUCGACUCCUUGCACGUCGACUCCUGGUGUCGACUCCCAUUUCUGAGUGUCAAGAUUCGAAUCCGCUAGAAAUCGACUCCUAAGAUUUGGUAUUUUUGGAACGGAGGAGACUGAUUAGUUGCAGUACCUCUGAGAACACAAACAUUCACAUCUUUCAUAGCGAGGGAGAAAGAGGGGAGGGGCACAGUAUAGGCAGGUCGGCCACCAGGCAGACAGUCAGAGCCGUGCACUAGGCCUAUCUAUUGGCAAUCAAAAGCUGUAUCUCGCAAAUGGAAUGCUUUAUCUCGCAAUUUCUUGGCUUGCAAUGUCUCACAACUUCAGUAAAGCAGGGCCUAUCAUCAAGGAAUAGGCAGAGUUAGGAAUAUAUCAAUAGUUAGGCCUUUCUAACAUACUUGACCCCAGCCGGAAUGAGAUUGUAGUAUGUGGCCGGCCUUGGUUUGGUGUUGUGCUUAAUUGACAUUGACGGUGUUCUGACUGUCCCUUUCGCUUUUGUCUUUCCAAUAUAGCGUGCACCCCCGGGUCAUUCAAGUACAAGCAGGGGGAGGGCUCGUGUUACCCCUGCCCCCCCAACAGUCGCACAAGCUCCAGGGGGGCCAACAUCUGCCCAUGCCAAAAUGGCUUCUACCGUGCUGACAGUGACCCUCUGGACUCAGCCUGCACCAGUAAGUCAAGCUCACAGUUUUUCAUUAGCAGUUGUCAUUGGCCGUAGAAAUUCAUUGGGACGGUUUCCUGGACACCUAGUCGUGGACUAAAGUGCAUGCUCAAUGAUGAUUCUCCAUUGAGCAUGCUAUUUAGUCUAGAACUAGGCUUAAUCUUUGUCUGAGGGACUGGCCCCUAUGGUGUAAGUGUCUGUGAAGGUAGUUUAGUUUUAACUUGAGCAUCUACAGUUGUUUCCACAGACACCUUUCUCAAAGAAAUCACAGUGUUUCUCAGAGAUAUCAAAAUUGAUGUGUGAUAGACAUGCACUGCUUUGACAUUGUGACAUAGCCUAACACCAAAGGCCUUUUUUUCUCCCACAUAACAUACAUAAACUGUGACUGAGCCGCUAUGACUCUUGCCGACUCCCCUUGUCGAGACAAUUCGGACUGUGUCACUAUCCUCGUAGACCAUUCGGACACCAUACUUCCCCUAUAGUCUGUCAGAGCUUGUGCCAGGCCUGGCAAGACAAUGUUUUGCAAGGGGUUGAGUGUAUUGUACUAGAAAGCUCAGCCCGGGCUCGCGUGGGAGCCCAGCAUUUCAGACUGUGUGCCCAAUUAGAUGAGGCCACACUCCAAACUGUGUCAGUCUAAUUGGAUAGGACAGAGCAUGGGGGGGGGAAACACACUCCACUUAGGGCGAACAGGCAGAGGAGCUGAACUGAGUUGGUUGAGUUGCGUGAACUGAGACACCCUGAAAGCAUUACCUUGCCUCGACUUUCCCUCGCCAUGUGCUGCUGCUGCAGUAGGUGUUGUCUGAAUCUGUUUUGAGAGGGCUUGGGGUUAGGUUCCCCAUCAGCCUCUGUAACUGGAUGAAAGAAACCUUCUGCUUGCUGCUCCAGUUGUCCCCUGUAGCAGUUAUCACACUUUAUCCCGAUUUCAUACCAUUCUUAUUUAAAGAACUUGUCUCUAUUGAUUAACACUGGCCCAUAGGUAUACAGUAUCAUGCACCACCACUGCGCAAUAGAUCAUUUAAAUUCAGAUCAUCGCUAUUUUAUGGGUAAUGAAUCAAGUUUCAUGAAUACUAAUGUUUAAGUCAUGCAUGGGUUGGAUAUGGUUUAUAUUCGCUAUAUGGAUCCUGCUAUUUAUUUCCUCAUGUAUAGCAGAACAUAUUUCUACUUUAUGGAAUGAACUCCCAUUGCUGUUUAAUGGGUAAUGAUUUAAGUUCCAUGAAUUAUAAUGUUGAAGUCAUGCAUGGAAUGAACAUGGUAUAUAUAAAAUGAAUAAAGACUUCUAUUCAAUUCAUUAUGUGCUGGAGAUCAUAUUUCUCCACCAGAAACCAAACAAUUGUAUGAACUGUAUGGAUCCAGGAAGAUAAGCCCUAAUUGGGAUCUUAGUAAGCAAAUCAUCAACUAAAUAAUUUACCCCUUCAAUAGUGAGGUUCUAAGAGCAGGGUUCUACAGUGGGAUUCUUAGAGUAGGGUUCGAAGAGUGGGGUUCUAAAAGUGGGGUUCUAAAAGUGAAUUUCUAAGAGUAUGGUUUCAUACCAUUCUAACAGUAAGGUUCUAUAAGUGAGGUUCUACUAAAUUAGCUUCUAUAAAAAGUGUUCAGAGGACAUCACUAACCCGUAUGCGGUGUUUCUGUCCAGCCGUGCCCUCGCCACCUCAGAACGUCAUCUCCACGGUGAACGAGACCUCCAUCGCCCUGGAGUGGGAAGAGCCGCUGGACGCCGGCGGGCGCGACGACGUCAUCUACAACGUGGUGUGUAAGAAGUGUCUGCGCGACCAGAGCCCGUGCUCACGCUGCGACGACAACAUGGACAUAUUGCCGCGCCGACUCGGCCUGACCCAGAAGAAGGUGGUGGUGAGGAACCUGCUGGCGCACACCCGCUACAGCUUUGAGGUCCAGGCGGUCAAUGGCGUCUCUGGGAAGAGCCCCAGCGCACCACGAUACGCCACCGUGAACAUCACCACCAACCAGGCCGGUUAGUAUCGCCACAACGCUUUGUCAGCGCUUAACGUUAGCAGCACUCAACAUGAAUACUUGAUAUCGGCACUCACAAUCACCUCACCACACACCACUUAAGGUCACCACUGUAAGUAAUGUAGCUACCUACCACUUAACAUCACCACUCUCACCACACGACGACACACCACUCAAGGUCACCAACUUUACCACUCAACUCAGGUUAGCAGCAACAAAGUUAUCUACUUUUUACCGUCUCAUCUGGUUCUCAGUACUGAUGCUUUGUUUAUGGACUCAGUAUGUGUCAUUUCAGCUUAGUACCAAAUCAAUAAACUGAAAGGUCAUGGAGAAUGGUCAAAUAAAUGUAAUGGUAAGAAGUCAGAUAAUCGUAAACAAUGCUAGAUGAAGAUUUUGUACACUUUACUAAUUUAUUUUAUGCAGUGGAACAGAAAUACUCUUAACAUAUUCAACAUGAAAGCUUGUAUUUAUUUUACUUAUUAACAUCACCUUUUUGUUGUUGUCCAAUCACAGCACCGUCAGCAAUACCCACAGUGCACCUGAUGAAGUCCACCUCAGACACCCUCAGCCUGUCCUGGCUUCCCCCAGAGAAACCCAACGGGGUCAUCCUGGAUUAUGAGAUUAAGUACUACGAAAGGGUAAGGCACUGUUUUAUAGCCUGGUCCCUAUGGUUGUAGGUGUUGACUAUACAGCACAAACAGAUCUGGGACCAGGCUAACUGUUCUCUGAUUCAAUCAUGAUUUACUUAAGUAAACAUUUACUCUGUACCUUCAGUUUGAAGAGUCACUGGAAAGAAAACAAUUGUACAAAAUAUGUUUGAAAAAUAAAUAUUGCGUAUGCGUUUUGUCUGAAGCUGGGUUGUUUUUGGCAUUUCACAGGUUAGCGCUCACUUGAUGCAGCUGUGUAUUGUGUUCUUCAGCAGCAUCAGCAUCAUGGACAUAGACAUGCUGCUCGUAUAGAAAAGAAUAUGAACCAAAUACACUCAACUACAUCAAGUGAACGCUGUCCCUUUUUUUUUUUUUAAAGAAGAAGAAUUUUGCAUUUUUUCUAUUCUAAUCGAUGUAUUGUCGGGUUCCUCAAGGUUUUCUUGCUUCUAGGGAGUUUUCCUAGUCAAUCUGCCUCUGAUUUCAGUCUAAGCUGUGUUACUGUAAAAUCAUGUGACAACUGCUGAUGUAAAAAGGGUUUCAUAAAUACAUUUGUUUGAUUGGUUGAUUGAUUGAUGUGUUCCAUAGGGCCAGGCCAUGUCUCACACUGUGACAGCCCAGCACAGCUCAACCCAUGUGGAGGGACUGAGGGCCUCCACUUCCUACAUUGUCCAGGUCCGGGCUCGCACUGUGGCUGGCUACGGACACUACAGCAUCCCUAAGGACUUCAGCACCUCCAUACACAGUACGCAUUUCUCUCUCUCUCCUCCUGCCUCUCGCUUUCCCUCUUUCUCUCCUCCUUUUCCACCUUCACUACUUAAUUGCCUCUUUCUCAUCCUCCCCUCGCUCUCUCCCUUCACUGUUUAUCAUUGUCCUCCACCAUUGUUAAUGCCUUUCAUUUUUUUCUUCACCAGUGUUUCAAAGCUUUUCUAUGCUCACUUUAAUAAGUACAAUCCAUCCAAGUAGUGAAAGAACACUGAAGAAGCGAUUUCAAGAAGCUGUCUGUUUUUGAAAUUGCUCUUAAUGGCUGUGUGAAAUCUUUACAGUCUACUGUUUAUUAUGCAAGCAGAUUAAUACAAAUAAAAUUACUUGUUUUUCAAUAUCUGUUUUUUUUUUACCAGAGUGCAUUGUUUUUUGGAAUAAGUAAGUAGCCUUGCACAAGCCUUGGCUUCUAGGAGCAGCAGCCAGCCUCCUGUUUCUGUAGCAUGAGGACUUACCUCCAAUCUAUCUCAAUGCUGAGUGCCAUGCAGAGACGCACUGGUCGGGGAUCGAACUCCCAACCUUACAAUCGCAGGGCGGACAAUCUAACCACAAGGCCACUAACUUGGCUUUUCUUGAUAAAGCACUUUUAUUGUGUCUAAAUGAAAAACAAAACACAGAUUGGAAUACAAUUUACAUCCCAUUAUUUGUUUUGGCAUGAAUCCGCUUCCAUAUUUCACUAGCUGUUUCUUUAAGAAUUCCUCAGUGACAUUUCAGAUGUUAAUUGUUGUUUUAUUUUUCUGGUGACCUUCAGGUGACCCUCAGAAGUCGGUGCAGGACCUGCUGCCGCUCAUCGUGGGCUCGGCGUCGGCCGGUCUAGUGGUCAUUGUUGCCCUUGUGGUCAUUGCCAUAGUCUGCUCUAAGUAAGUGUUUGAUAUGUAACUAUUUAUCUAAUACAGGCCUUUUUGGUCAUUAUUUGGCAAUUCUUUGGUAUCUUGGGUCUCUUGGCUUCUUGAAUCCUGAAAAGGCCCUUAGAAAGGCUUAAGCCACCCUGAGCAUUGUUCCAUUCUUCCAGUCCUGACUGUCUGCAUACAAUCUAUUAUCUUCUGCUUGUUAUUUGAAAGCAGCCUACUGUGGAGUGCCAGCCAAGAAUGAAGAUUGAUCAUGCGAAUGAGAUUGUGUGUGUGUGGUCCUUUUUUUGCAGGAAGCAACACAGUGGUUCGGAGCUGGAGUACACAGAGAAACUGCAGCAGCACGGUGAGCACAGGGGGAUGGUGUGUGUGUUGGGGGAGGGGCUUGAAUGUGUGUGUGUGUUGGGGGGAAGGGGUUGUGUAUUUGUGUGUUGGGGGAGGGGCUUGUAUGUGUGUGUGUGUGUUGGGGGGAAGGGGGUUGUGUAUUUGUGUGUGUGUGUUGGGGGAGGGGUUUGUGUGUGUGUUUGGGGAGGGGGUUGUGUGAGUGUACGUGUGCGUGUGUAUACUAUACAACUCUAGUCCUGAAGAGCUGCAGUUUCUGUGGUCCUUUGUUCAAACCAAGACAGUAAACACCCUGAUUGAAUGAAUUAUCCAAUCACCUGACCAAGGCAGGAAACUGCAUUUGCUCAAUGAAAACCAUGAUUAUCUAGAUCAGGUUUAUCAAACCCCCCUUGCUCUUCAAGACUCACAGAGCUGUGUGAUAGAUAUGCCAAUGCGCUGUUCAUGCUUAUAAUUUCAUUCCAGUCAUAACUGUAUUAGUUAGUAACUCCACAUUGGAACACAUGAAUUCAAAACUGCCAGUGUCAUGCAUAUCUGAUGAAUGUGUGUAUUCAAGACCUGGCGAAAAACAUAUAAUGCAAUCCUCCCUUCAUUUCGGCUCCUUCUCCUUCGGUCUAUCUCUCUAGUUUCCCCGGGGGUGAAAGUGUAUAUUGACCCGUUCACUUACGAGGACCCCAACGAGGCCAUCCACGAGUUUGCCAAGGAGAUAGACAUCUCAUGUGUGAAGAUCGAGGAG